AUGGCAAUUAAGCAACCUAAUGGCGUUCAGGAAGAAGAGCAUAUACAACAAUCUACUAAUAGCCCGGAAGACGACAACGACGCAUCAUGGCAACAUCAAAUCAAUCAGUUAUAUGAGUUAACCGGUAAACCAUUAGAAGAAAUUCGAAAAGUACUGAAGGCAUGUAACGGUAAUCUAGAAAAAGCCUUAGAAAUGUUCAAUACUAAUAAUCAGGAGAGUGCGACUCAGCCGACAGAUAAGGACACUCUUAAACAAGCUGAUAAAAUCACAAUCGAUUUAACUAGCGACAAAAUGGAUGAUGAUAUCGCUCGUGCGGUAGAAAUAAGUUUACAGGAAACAAAUGUACCGUACCCCGAUACGGACAUGCCGGUAACGCAGCCUUCUGAUAAGUACUUAACUGCGGCCUCUUCAGAUCAGUAUCUUAGUACUAUCGAAGAACAAAAUAUCAGCAGGGUAAUCGAAGCUAGCUAUUUUGAUAAUAAUUCCAAUGGUACCAAGAGAAAGAGAAAUGAUUCCUUCUCACGAAUGCCUAAUCCUUACGAAUUAAAACGUGGCGAUGCUCCUGUCGGAUUAAAAAACGUAGGAAACAGCUGUUGGUUCAACGCUGUUAUACAGUCGCUGUUUCAUUUACCUGUAGUCCGCCAGCUAGUCCUGGACUACAGAAUAUCAGAGGAAAUGCUAUUGAGUGGCUAUGCAGAUAGUAAUCCACUAAAAUCGAGGGGUAGUAUCAUCUUUAUAGCACAGUUACAACCGCUUUUUGCGCUAUUAGCUGGAAGUGAACGCAAGUACAUCGAGCCGCAUGAAUAUUUUAAGCAAGUAAGCGAGACUUUUAGGUCGGAAACUUCUGGAAACUCAGGCGGACAACAGGAUGUCAAUGAAUUUACACACAAAUUAUUGGAGUGGCUAGAAGAUGCGUUUGAAAUUUGCAUUAAAUAUAGGAAAAAAAUUGGUCUGCUGAACGAUGAUAGCCCAUCAAUACUAACAAAUCCAAUUACCGAAUUCUUCUUUGGCAAAGUCCGAUACGAAAGUGAAAUCGAAGGCAAGGGCGUUACGCAUGAAGAUACAUUCGGUGGCUAUCCUUUAAAAAUUCAGGGCUGUACAAGACUUUAUGAAUGUUUGGAAGUUAAUACCCGUCAGAACAUGAUUGGUUCAAUGUCCUCUACUAAUCAAACGGAUUGGUUUCUUAGUUUACCUCCAAUAUUUAUGCUGGAAUUAUCUCGUUUUGAAUUUCACUCUACCCUUGGCAGAGCCGAAAAGAUUCAUUCCUUACUGGAAUUUGAACAAACUUUAUAUAUGGACAGAUUUCUAGAGUCUAACAAAGACGUUACAACGCAAAGACAAAAAGUCGUUUAUAAAUUAAAAAAGGAAUUGAAAGAACUGAAACGAAAACUUGAAAAAUAUACUUCAUUCGGUAACGAUUCUAAGCGCCUGCCUAUCAAAGAUAUUUUGCAGUAUACAUUAAAUUUUGCUUUGGAUGUUAGACAACGCCCAGCCUCAUCAGAUCAAGAGGCGUGUGAUAGUGAAAACACUAAGAACAAUAUUGACAUGGAUGUAGAUACCGCAAGUUAUAGUGACAAGGAUUUCGUUAUUGAUGAUAAAAAUCCGAUGUCCUUGUUUGCCCUAAAUCAUGAAAUUGAUCAUGAAGAACUGAUAACAUUAGAAAAAUGCAUAAAGCGAUGGUCAUCAGAAAUAACUAAAGAAGUCGAUGCGCUACGAGAAAAAAUUGCAUCUGUUGAAGAAGCUAUAGAGCAGAUGUUCCAAGACGACGAUAUGCGCAAGGUAAAGUAUCAUUUGCAUGCCGUACUUGUGCAUGCGGGUCAAGUCGAUAGUGGACAUUAUUGGGCCUUUAUUUAUUGGAGAUCCUACAAUAAAUGGCUCAAAAUUAAUGAUGUUCAAGUAUACGAAGUCACUUGGGAAGAAGUUAAACGUGAAUCAAGAGGCGGCGGGCGAUCACAUACUAGCGCAUACUGUUUAAUUUAUAUAAGUGACGAUAUCGUCCAAUGCUGGGAUUUCGAAACAGAUUCGAAGGACAAAAUUGUUGAUUCAUUAUCCCCGGCGCUACAUGAAGUUGUCAGAGAUCACAAUACAAAAUUUUAUAAAGCUUUAAAAGAUUGGGAAGAACGAAGUAUAAAAUUAAUUACUUGUCAACCUAGAGUUAACAAAUGUGUAAUACCUACUUUUACUAACAGAAUGGUUCUUACGUAUUUAGCCUUAGAAGCCUCCUUCCGCCGAUGGUGUACGGAGAAAAUAAGACAAUUUAAAGAAAUAGUGCGCAAAGAGGACAACAGUAAAGAAGAUAUUCGGUUGAUCGAUUUUGGUAUAUAUCUGAUUGUAUGUAAAGUGUCAAGUCCUAUGCUUGAGUGGGCUAUCAUUGAAAGCGCUUGCAAUGACGGUUGCGGCGAUAAUGCUAGUCUUCAAAAGUUAGCUGAAGUAAAAUGGGAGAAAAUAUGUGCGAAUGAUAUAUAUUGUAAUUACCAAGAUUGGAAAGACAAAUAUCACAAUUUUCUUAAAGUCAAUGUCCAUGUAUUGACCGGAAUGGACUUGCUUGUACAAACAAAAUAUGCCUUUGCUCUACCCCACUUCAAUUAUGCUUACGUUCUUAACGAUAAAUUCCGUGCGGAAAAUCAUACUUUGGAGUCAGUUGACCAGCACCUUAUAGGACAUUAUAGGCGUCAGGCAUUACUGAAUGUAAAUGAAGCUGUGGUACGUAUGUUUAAGGAGGCUGUAACAGAAGAAGAUGUUAAUGAAGUGAUCGAAAUUGUCACCGACACGAUCAUACCAAUGCUAUCUGCAUUAUCUAAAAGUUCAGAUGAAGACGAUGAAAGGACGAAGCAAAAUAUUUGUAAUACAUGGGUUAUGAUCAUGGAAGGUCCAAUGGAUGCUACCCAUUCGGAAACGUUAAUGCUAAUUAUUAGUAAAAUUUUUCCGGAAGAAACACAAGAAAUCGAUUACGCUGUCAAACCUCCAACCGUAACUAGGCGAUCAAAUUCACAGUUAUAUGAAAUGUAUGUACAAGUUAUGAAAAAAGUACGCGAAGACGCGGAUGCUCCUGACGAAUCGGACAGGAAUGGAAGAGAGAUACGACGACACUUAGUUAUGUUAAGAAAGUAUCAGUUACUCCAUUCGUGGUCAUUAGGCCGUGACCUUUGGUUUAAAUGUAGGAGCAAUUAA